AUACUGCGUGUUUAAAAUUAAUACUUAAAAUAUUAAGAUAUUUGCUGUAGAGAAAGAUGCCAUAUUUAUGAUGCCUAACAUGGCGGAUGUAUGAAUGUUGAACGGGAUGAAAUGAACGGAACCGAUUUAAAGAAAAAAGUGUCAGACAGUUGUAAUAAAUGAAAGUUAAUUAUUUCGAAGGCAAGUGUACGCAUGAAGAAUCUCGAACAAUGCGUUAAAAGUAUAUGGCAGGAGUAACGUACACUUGUUAACGUGUAACAUACUGUUCGGUAACUGCAAAUGGACAUGCAACAAAAUCAACAACUGCAGAGAACUCCUAAUGUAGCAGGGGAGUCGUCAGCUUCCCGGCCGGACGAUGCCUCGUCCAGUCAGCAGCCGAGCGUGCUCUUCCGGGAGAUUCACAAGGCCGCGUGGCUCAAGAAGAUACCUGUUGCUGAGAGAAGGAUCGGGGCCUUCCCAAAGAAAGGUGAACGAGUGUGGGUAGUUUUCUGUGUGCACGACGACACAGAGGCAUUUCUGGAGCUGUAUUCGGACCAGAAGGUUGCGCUGAUGCACAAGCCUGAUUGGUGCGUGUUGCUCAACAACUGCCUCCACGUCUCCCCGACAAUUUGCCCUCAAGAGGACGAGUAUGAAUUCGUGGUGACCCUCAGUUCCGACGUAGUGCGCCUGAUGGCCCCAACUUGGGAGCUGAUGAUAGAGUGGGUGGACGCGAUCAGAUCGAAGCUGCGGGAGAUGAAGAUCCUGUCGCCGAAGGAGAACGUGUACAGCAAGAUGCCCGAGGCGAGACUCCCCCUGGCCCCCACGCGGGACCCCACCUCCCCGCUGCCGCCCCCGCCUGCCGGGCCCUCGGCCGUCGUCCCGGGGGUGGAGCCCGUGCAGUCCUCCGACAGCUCAGAUAGUUCGAGCUCCACUAGUUCUGUGGAUGCAAGUAGCAGCAGUGAAUCUUCUUCAGAAAUACCUGGCUCUCUCGUGAUGCCAGAAACGGUAUAUGACAAUUCCAUGACAGUGACGUUAAGUGGACUGUCGUCCUUGUACGUCACACAGUCGGAACCGCCAGUUUAUGCCAGACACAGGCCGCAGCUCGGCCGAGCGUCGUCGGUGCCCGGGCCGUCUGCCGCGAGCACGGUCCCUGCGUCCACGUCCGGCAGCGAGAACGUGACGGUGAUAGAGGUGAGCGACCGGCCGGCGGAGAGCUCCGGCGAGGUGUUCAGCUUUGACGUCGUCGCCACCGGCGAGGGGGACGCGGGCGACCGGGAGCCGGAGGAGCUGUACUUCACGCCCCCGGCCACCCCCGCCCGGCCACUGCACUACGAGUGCGUGUUCCCGUCCCAGCCCGGCGCGGAUGGGGAGGCCAGGGCGCAGCCGAGGGGCCCCGCGCCGCCGGAGAGCAACGGCGACUCACGGGGGCGGCCCCCAGAGCCCAGCCGGAGGCGGCAGAGCCUCCCGUCGCCGGAGGGGGCGAGGGGCAGGGCGAGGACGGAGAGCGACCGGAGACUCCAGCCGGCCCCUCACCCGUACCGCCAAGUGCAGCAAGCCGUGCCGGGGCCGGGCGCGGAGCUGGCCAGCUCCGGCCGCCUCACGCUGCGCGAGCAGCAGGUGCUGCAGCUGCGCAGGGAGAUGCUGCACCCCGGCGGAGUGCGGCUGCAGCUGCGACGCAAGGACUGCACCGGCUCCAUCGCGCUCGUUGACGCGUUCGGCGCCGUCUGGGUCGCCGGGUGGAAGCAGCGGGAACGCCCCAUGCUGUACAACGCCCUGCACAUCGGGGACCAGCUGCUCAGUGCCGCCGGCAUCCCCGUGCAGAGCGCCGCCGACGCACAGAAGCUCAUCCGCGGAGCCACCAGCCUAUACGUGGAGUUCAUCGUCCGCCGCAUCCCGUUCGGGCGGGUGCUGGCGAUCCGGCGGGAGGCGGAGGGGCAGAGCCUGGGCAUCGUGCAGGAGAGCGGCACGGCGGAGAUCCGGGACGUGGUCCCGGGUGGCCUGGCGGCGCGGCACGGGCUCCCAGCGCGCGCCCGGACCUGCGACGGCCUCUCGCUCACCAGCUGGGUGCUGACGGAGGUGAACGGCCGGCCCCUCAACCUGUUCUUCAAGGACGGCGAGGCGCGCGACCGCCUCAACGCCGUCGGCCAGGAGGUGUCUGUGCUGGUGCAGCCGUGCGACCUGGUUGUGCGGCUCAGGAAGCAGCUGAAGGCCGUCCGCGGCUACAAGGACUACAUCGUGCAGUAGCCGGCGGUGGGUGUCCACAGUCAAAAAAACACCGAGAAGGCUCUCAAAGUAAAAAGUUUGGAACACGGGGUGUCCACAGCCUGGGAAGUUUUGGUUUGGGCAAAAAAAAUUACAGAAACCUCUUAACCCAUUUGCAUCUACAAGCAUGGGCGCAACAACUAAAUUUACAAGGGGGGGGGGGGGCAAUAUACCUUUUUAUAAAGAAUCAUCGAUCCCCGGCCUAUUGAAGCGGGGGGGUCCGGGGGCACUCCCCCAGGAAAAUUUGUAUUUCAAGGUGGAAAAUGGUGCUAUUUAAGCAGUUUUAUUAUCUAAAAAUUGAUUACACAGCACUUUCUUUGCCCCCGUUUGCCCCCACUUCAAGGUUUCAGAGGGGGGGCAAAUACCCUUCCCCCCCCCCCUGUUGCGCCCCUGUCUACAAGCGUACUAGUACGCAGCUGUUUUUAUGGCCGAUAACAAACACCAUAGGCGUACUGGUACGUAACAUGGCUGAUCUGCGUGAAAAACUUGGAAAAAAAAUCCCUUUAGGAUGAAUGUAACCCCUCAAGAGUAGCUAGUAUUGUUAUAACAAAGGUAUAUUAUCGUGAAAACUUAAACUAUUUUUUAAAAUUUUAUUUAAAGAAUAAAAAUAUAAUGAAAAUAGAAAAUAACUAAUAAUAGUAAUAUAUAAAAAAGUUUAUGGAUUCCAUGGUAUGUCUACCAUUAAAGUGAGUGGAUGCAAAUGGGUUAAACAUCUGGAAUGUUAUGCUCCAGCAUAUCGUAACAUAAUUUGCGAGAGAACAUUUUUUUUCCCCCUCACUAAAGUAACUGUUUUUCAUACGACUGAACGUAGGUUGUGCUUUUCGAAGUAGUUUUAUACUAUAUUCUGUUCUGAUGCACAGUUCUUUGAAUUUUAUGUAUGGAACUGAUUUAAAUAUUAUUGAAAAGGAAUAAAAAUGAGAAAAACCCAGCUAAGUUGAUAAUGAAGAAUUUUUCUUUUUCUUCCUUAAGCCAUAUUAAAAAUGGCCAGGAAAUCAAUGGUGGCUUUAUACAAUACAAAAAAAAAUUGGUAAAAGCAGGGGAAAGCCCAGAUUUUUUUUUUUGUGGACACCCUAGGAUGCUUUGGAAUCAAGUGAGGGGCUUAACAUAGUUGCACUAAUUUGUAAUUAUACUUAAUACAUUGAUGCAUACUUAGUCAUACCUUUUUUUUCUUCUUGCAUUAGUUCCUCACUUUUUACGUAGCUUUCUGAAGUGUUUUGUUUAAUACACGUUGGGUGAUUAUUUAAGUGUCUAGCGGCAGUGCCCUAUACACACUGUCGCCUGUCGGGAAACUGCGGAGCAAGCCACGACGCAGCUUGGGCGGGAAGCAGUAACUUAUUGACUAAAUUUAACCAAGAUUAUUUAUGUAGCGAGUGAGACUGAAAUGCACUCUGUUCAGUCGAGGUGAGCACGCACUUCUUUUUGACAGUUGCCCAACUAGUGACGGAUCUGUGAUAAAAAUGUGCUGGUGGUGGUGUGUUGAGACACUGGAGCUGUAUUGGAAAAUAAGUUUUAAUCGCUAUUACAAAAAAAAUGGUUUCGUUUGAAAAUUGGAUUGGAAUGUACCGUCCUUUGAUGAGUUUCGCGAGUUCCUUCUUGAAAUUUCAGCAGUUAAGUCUGACCGCAUCUUGCCAUCUGCUGCAUCACACCCGGACACCUGAACACACGCUUGCAUACACAAAUACAUAUUCACACAUGCAGGGAAAGUUAAAAGGAAGAGAAGGGAGUGAAUAAUUAGCUAUUAGGCAAGUAUUUACCUUUCUUGUGCAUUAUUACUAGGCCUCUGCGAAUAUAUGAAUUUCCAAAUAUGAAUACGAAUCAUAAACUAUUCAUAAUUAAUUUGACUUCAAAGUAACGAAUAUUCAUUUCCUUACGAAUAUUUGACAUAGCAUAUCUAGUGAGAUUGUCGUAUAGCAACAUUUACUGUUGAGGUUAAGUCAUUUUUUUUAAAUAUACAUAUAUACAAUUUUUUGAUGUUUUAUAUUCUAAGUAUUUGUUUUCAAGAAAAUGACUUGUGCACUUCCAAAGUCGAAACAAUGUCAAAUUCUUAUUUAUAAAAAGAAAAACUAAAUAUGCUACAUGUCAUAGAAAUCAUCCAUUAUGUGGUCGAAAUACGAGACAGCUGUGUAGUUGCCAGAGUCAAGAAAACACUUUUUGUGUUUAUGAUGUUUUUAUUAAAACUUUGUUACAUAUCGUGCUCAAAUUGACGUCCUCCAUUCCGUAUGCAUGCUUGAUACCUAUUUCCUAUUGCACCUGUUGUAUGUAGUCGCUUUCCUGCUCUCAUAGUUUCAAACGCUCCGUUAAUUCGUUAAAUUAGGAUGCAUGUGGAUAAGUCAUUCCCAAGAUCAAGUAGCUUCACGUGUUUUACGAAGGUGCAUAUUUAGUUUUCAAAUUUUCGUAACUGAAAAGUGUAAGCAGGAAACUACAACACUAGUGUUAGGUUGGUUAUGUGUGCUGCUGAGUACACCGACUGUCAAAAGUAGUGCUCCUCAUCUUGAACUGAAUACUUUACAUAUGUUGAUAGUGUGUUUGUUUGUGAAAUGUCUGUUGCAAAACCUUGUAAAGUAAAUUUUUCUAAAUGUUUUUCCACAUUUUUUUUUGCAUGUUCCUAAAAUCAUGCAGUUCAUAAAAAAGAACUACGUCUGGUCCAGUGAAAUACUAGCUUGCUCUGUUUUUUAUUUGUUGUACGCUUGAUUGUGUAUUUUUUAUAUUUGGAAGCAAAAUUUAAGUUAAUUCCUGAGUAUUAAGUUGUAAGUUCUGACUUUAAUCACACUGUCUUUUCAUACUGAACAGUUGGUUGAUUGUUUUUUUGCUAACUCUGGACCCUUUAGGAGGGUCUAGAUUGUCUAAUCACCUCUCACAAAGGCUUCCGUGUUUUAUUCCCGGCUUUGUUAUGGUGUUUUCUCUGGUACUCCAGUUUCUCCCACGAUCACAUUCCAUGAAUCUUCUUAUUUCGUCGCCCCUCAUUGUCUUUAAAUACCCUCAUAAACAUGAGCAGUUAAACCCCAGGUCAUUUAUUUGUUCAUUUUGGGUUGUGUGGUAUUAUUUCACUUUACCUGUUUUGUGUGACUACUACAUACAGUUUACAUUUUUUUUCUGAUCAUUUUUGGAGUAAUCAUUGCUAUCUUGUUAAUCUUAGUCUAUGGCUAUGAACAGUGAUAUUUCUCUACACCAAGUUUGGUAUUCACAGGGUGUAUAUAGAUGAAGAUGAUGUGAAGUUUUUAUGUUCAAAAGGAAUGUGAAUAGAUAUAUUUUAUGUUAUUUACAUUUGUGAAUUUGGUAUCGUAAAAGAUAAUUAUUUUUUACUGUGAUUUGUAAGUAAUGUUUAAUAAGACAUUAUUUUCGUUAGUAGUAUUUCAUUGGGUUGAAUAGGGAUAACUCGCUUGUGAUGGUGUUGAUAACUACAGUAAUGAGCCUACUGCAGUGUCGGCUUUGUGAAUUCAGGCGGUUCUAUUUUUGCGCAGUGCUGCUGCUAUAUCUAUGAUUUUUUUCCAUGACAGUUGUAUCUGUAAUUGCGAAACUUCCGCUAGAAAGCGUUGGAACCAAAACGUUAACUUCGUUAAAAAAUGUUAGUUUGACGGUAUUGUUUGCUAAGCGACGAUAUAGUGUUUCUUAUAAUUUUGUUAAGCAGCUUUUUUAUUAUUGUUUCUUGUUUAGUAGGUUUAGGAGUUCAUGAAGUGUGUGUAUUGACUGUAAUUUAAGAAUCUGGUCAUCCCACAAGUGUUGUUUUAUAGAAGUUGCUCUUUUGUAAAUUAUUUUGUGUGGCUGUAUUUGUGGGGAUUUUUUUUUUUUAGCAGUUUUUCCCAUUCAUGUGAUUGUCACAGCAAUCUAUAGGGCUUAAAAUGUAUGAUAUUUUUGUAACACAGUAUUUCUACUCUGAUAGAAAAUCCUGAAAUGCAAUAUGGUCUGAUCACGUCAAAGAAAAGACUGGAGUUUUAAUUAUUAAUAUUACAACAGAAUUAUUGUUUCAAUUAUGUAAGGGAUUGGAGGAGUUUUGACAUUGCUGUCAAUACUACCUAUUUUUCAUGCUUUUAAUGUACUAUAUUUAUUCUAUUCUGGCAGCUUUUUAACGUUUAACCCAUCUCAUCAUUAAUGUGAGUUGUAUUAUAGUUUUAUAGUUCAUAUAAUUUCUAAUAACCCCUCAACAUGUGCUUCACAAAUGUCAUUCAAAUAGCACAUGUACAGGCAUAAUUUUGGUGCUGUUGGCAAUGGGAGACUAGGUACCUAGCUAGGUAAUUAAUUAUUAAUUUGUCAUAUAAAGUAUUUAAAUUGCACGAGCCCCCAUAUUGGUUGGACUUUUGAAGUGAAACUUCUUUGCCGAGGGGGCUACAAUUUUCGAGCGUUACGAAAAUUCAGAUUGUAUGAGUGGGAAUAGCUAGGAACAUGGUGGGGAAACCGGGGUGAGGAGGGUAAUAGGUGCAUGGUGGGGGAGACGGCAGGGAAGAGGUAGAAAUAAUGAAGCAUACUUGCUCAAUAGCAUAAUUUAGCGCUCACGUACUUUCAUAUAUUUUUAUCUGCAGCCCCAGCCGAAGAGAAUUAUGUUUUCUAUACUCCUAUACCUAGGGACCAAAAAAAAUCGCGGGUUCAAUGACUUGCAGGAUGAACUCCAUAGUUCUACGUACACUCGGUCAAAUGUCACCCACUCAUUGGCUGCUGUCUUGUGAGACGUCCCAACUUAGCAGCCUGUGAUUCGAUGAAGCUUUGGUCGGGCGUUUCUCAUUGGCCCAGAGUCAUCCAGGUGAGUUGUGGGCCAAUAGCAGAGGCAGCACUGAGGUAUAACUAUUUGUAUAUUAGCCUAUCGGGAAAUGAAUUCGUGAAUUUUCCGGUCUCUACCUAUACCUAAUGAUAUAAUAAACAAAAAGUUUUGUUUCUGUCGCGUGUGGAGCCCACGCACACGCCUGCCAGUGCCGUGACUCUGAGAUGUUAUGGAAGGGUCGCAAUAUGGAAUAUUGUUGAAGCAGAGAAGUUCUUGAGGUUCAAACUCAUUCUAAACUAAGCGAAUGUUGUGGGAAAGCUACGCAUUAUGCAAUUUUAUAUGAUAUUUCAAAGGGUUUUCACAGUGUACACAUUUACUGCUUGUGGUUUUUAGCGACAUCAGUCAAAGUUCUUUGACGUUUUAAAUUGACUUAACUGUUGCCAUCUGUUGGGUAUCAAUUAAGCUGUUUGCAUCAUAUGCUACCCUGAGUCUGAAAUUAUGUUUCCAACAUACUGGCGUAUUCUGCGACUUAAUGUACAAAUCAAUUUUUUUUAAAUAUAUAAUUACUUAAUAAUUCACUGCACAGUAGAAAAA